UGAUUGUAACAGAUCAUUAUCCUGAUUUCUUGUAUUCGAUUUCAGGAGGUGGAUGUGGUUGUUGCACCACUGAAACGAAUGUUUGAAAGUGAGCAAGUGGUUGACUUCACGGCGGGUUAUUUUGUAGACUAUGUGAGAUUUGUCUACAUGAAACAGUCUCCAGAGAAAAACAAAUGGUGGACGUACCUCGCUCCUUUCAAGUGGGAAGUGCACCUGUCUUUGCUGGGAGUGUUCCUCGGUGUCUGUGCGAUUGCUCUGCUCAUUGAGCAGUUCCAUCCACGGAGGACGGCGAACAGAAACGCUACUGGAAGAUUAGAUAUUUGCUGUGGUCUUCUCGGCCACCUCCUGCGGCAAGAAAAUCCAAGACCACCAUUGUAUCUGUCAGCUAGAGUCAUUGGAGGUUCCUGGCUGUUGUUCACGACUAUCACGGCAGCAGUGUACAGUGGAAAUCUGAUUGCCUUUCUCACAGUGAAUAAAGAAAAGCUUCCUUUCAAGUCUGUAGAGGAUCUGGUGGCACAAGAACAAUACAAGUGGGGCAUUCCUGGAGGUUCAGCGUACGUCACACUACUAACGUCCGCAAAACAAAGAGAAUACAAACUACUGUGGAAAAGAAUCCUUGAAUUUGCCGAGACAGACCCGGAUGUACUUUCACUGUCCUUGGAAGUGAGUGUCAACAAAGUACUAGCAGGUCAUUACGCGUUCCUGUUGGGAGAAUAUGCCACGUCUUUCUACUUCUCAAACAACUGUGACAUCACCUACAUCCCAGAGAAUUCAUAUCGAAAUAUAUUCGGCGUCGCACUACCCAACAACUCUCCUUACACUGCACAGUUUUCAGAAAGGAUCAGCAGAAUGAUAGCCAGUGGAGUGUUGGACAAUUUGAAGCUGAAGUACAUCAACAAAAGUAAUUGCAAUAUAAACGAACACUCGACAAAACCUGCACAUCUGGACGACGUUCAAGGCGGGUUCUAUGCUGUGGCGAUUGGUCUUGUUUUGGCAUUAGUCUGUUUGAUAGUGGAAAUGUUGUUAUCCAAGUGCAUACAUCUGAGGUAUGAUGGUAGCACUAAACAAAAUAACAUCCGGUUAGAUUAAAGUUAUAUGUGAUCCGGACUUUUGAUAACACAGUCAAUACUACCAGUCUUGCCAUUGGUAAUACAUGUGACAGUGUUUGUUGUGGAAAAAAAGAGGUAAUUUCAUCUCGUAUCAUUGUGUCAAGUAGCCUUGUGCUUGAAACAUGUAUUGGGUACCUGUAAAACUAAGUACUACAAUUUUCCAAGCGCGAAACUUCGAGUGUUGUAAAAACUUCCACUUAUAUAUCUCGGAAAUGGGUCAACUUUCUUCAGUUAAUACUUUGGCGGAAGAUUUGUGGUAUUCAGAUUUAUGGGUCAUAAUUUGGUUGAUAUAUUUUACAUAUGCUGUUUUUAACCACAUACAUUAACAUUGUCGGCCAUCGGAUUUUGUUUGGUAUAAUACUAUAUAUUCAAGAUGAUCAGCGAUCGCAUUCUAGACUCGAUUUGUACAUCGAUCGUCAGACAGACAUGCUGUGAUAGAAGACGAUGGUGUACCAGUCAACUUGUUCACGAACGCUCGACCUCCUGAACAUGCCACAGGUGAAAAGAGAAGAAGUUUGUUUUGUUUAGCGACACCACUAGGGUACAUUGAUUUAUUAAUCAUCGGCUAUUGGAUGUCAAACAUAUGGUAAUUUUGACACAGUCAUAGAGAGGA